CUGCUCUUCCUAAACAGCUGUGUGUGUGUAGAUCCUGAAAAUGCUUUAGUGCUCAGGUACUGAUCAUACACGUUUAGAAACAUGAUUGUGGGACAUUUCACACAGACUCAUCCUCCAUCUUGCGUGUUGGUUUCCUUUAUCUCCGUGGGUGAGCGCCGUGGCUUAGCUGUGGCUGCUAGCUGGUCCCUCCCAGAAAGCGCUAGCGGGGCUAGCCGCAUGUAUCCGCCUGCUUGCCGCGCUUAGCCGCCAUUUCAUUGUUUGAGGGCGAAGACGAAGAGCGCAGCUUUCAGAGAGACGUUGGACCCUGCACAAUGGUGAAAAUAUUCAUAGGGAACCUGUCUCCGGACACCACAUCAGAUGAACUUCGCUCCCUCUUCUCGCAGUAUGGCAAGAUUGCCGAAUGCUCCAUUGUCAAGAACUUUGGCUUUGUGCACAUGGAUGACAAAGCGGAGGCCGAAGAAGCCAUCCGCAAUCUCCACCAGUAUGAGCUAAAUGGCCAGCCCAUGAAUGUGGAAUUAAGUCGUGGCAAGUCGAGAGGAUCCACCAAACUGCACGUUGGCAACAUUGCCUGUACCAACCAGGAGCUGCGGGCCAAGUUUGAAGAGUUUGGCACUGUGUUGGAGUGUGACAUAGUAAAAAACUACGCUUUUGUUCACAUGGAGCGGAUGGAGGACGCCAUGGAAGCCAUUAAUCAGUUAGACAACACAGCUUUUAAAGGCAAACUGAUGAGCGUGAAGCUUUCGACUAGCCGCCUGCGUACUGCGCCGGGAAUGGGAGACAGAUCGGGUUGUUAUCGUUGCGGGCAGGAAGGCCACUGGUCCAAAGAAUGCCCUCUUGACCAAAAUGGCUACCACGGUUCAGAGCCAAAGUCUGAUGGAUACGAUGCCUCGAGAUUUGGCGGGCGUGGUCGCAGCAGGGGUUAUCAUCCGGACUUCAGUGGCGAUCCAGAUUACGGUGGCAGCUAUGCUCCUGUGCAUGGUUUUUCCCGAGGUUCUGGUCACAGCAGCAACAUGGCAGGGUACAGAAGAGGUGCGGGCUAUGAGAGUGCAAUGAGGUAUGGGCCACACCCGGGUUAUGGCGUAAGUGCUGCUGCAGAACAUAGCAUGGCUCAGAUGUAUGGCGGCGAGGCGGCAUACAGGGGCAACGGCUCACUCUAUGGCGCGUUCCCAGCCUACCCGGUGCGACGGUCGCCUUACGAGGAAAGAGAUCCGUACGGGGUUGUGGACUACUACGAGAAGUACAGGGCCAAUUCUUACGGAGGCAGUUAUUUCGAGGAACGCCGCGGUGUCCCCUUGCCUGCUCCAUCAGCAUCCUCCUCCACAGCUAUAAUGAGGGAACGUCUGCCUCCCUCUAAUGUCAACCCAUACGAGCGCCCUCCCCUCCCUCCUCCACCAGCCCCAGUCUCCUCAUACUACGCACGUGACCGGAGUCCGAUUCGGAGAGUUGCUGCCGAGGCGGAGGGAUAUUCAUACGAGCGUUCGCGCCUUUCUCCGGUGACCGCCCUCCCAAGAAGUUCUACCUACGAGCAUCCGCGGGAUCCCGGCGCUGAGCGGGCACGAUACACAUACUAGUCCUUGUCCCAUACAGCCAGGGCAGAGCUGAUUUACAUUAAGCAGGUAGGCUAGCCAAAGUGCCAUGUAAACAUCAAACAGUGGAUCUGAUUGCUGGUGUUGGGGGGUGGGGG